AUGGCGCGCGUCGUCGGGCACCUGCUCCAGGAGAGUAUCAUCGAGCCGUGCGUGGACACCGACCAGAGAGCGUUCCAUCUGUCAAUCGAACAUCGCAACCAGACCAACGACAAUGUUAUCCUGGAGGCCGCCCAGGCGCUCAAGUUGCAUAACGUGGGCGUCAAGUGCGCCACCAUCACGGCGGAGAAGGACGUUGCCGAGAAGUACCACUUGAAGCGCACGUGGAUGUCGCCCAACGCCGCCAUUCGCAACGCCCUUGGCGGUGAUGUGUUCCGGAAGCCCAUUGCCUGCCGCAACGUCCCUCCGCUCAUGAAUCAGUGGCGCAGGUCCAUCAUCACUGCGUGCCACGCGUUCGGCGACCAGUACAACAGCCAGGACUUCGUGGUCCGCGGAACCGGCACGCUCCAGAUCAAGUACUCGCCCUCCAUCGGAGCUCCCUGCAACCUUGACGUAAGUGUCGGCAAAUUUAAUACGUAG